AUGCCGCCAACAUCGUCAGAACAGAAUUUCCGCGCCAACCUCUCUCAAUUUCGCUGGGCUCGAGGGAACACCGACGAUUCACAGCCAGCAGCGCAGGCGUCACAGUCUGGCAAUCCAUUUUCCCGAUUCUACAAUGCUAUUGCAGGGGACUAUAUACCACUAAGGUCGAACGAGCAGUCGAAUGAGGACGAAGCGUGGUUUGCGCUGUCAAGAUGGGAGAGGCUGCUUGGGUUUGGAGGCUGUUUGAUUGGCGCAGGGAUCUGUUUCUUCGUGGCGUUCUUGACCCUGCCUGUCCUACCUCUUAGGCGAGUAUUAACACUAUUAUCGGCGUACCAUUUACUGAACGUCAUCUCCAGGCCAUCAAAAUUUGCACUGGCAUUCAGCUUGGGGAGCCUCCUCGUUAUGUUCGGCUUCUCUGUUCUUAUAGGGCCAGUGAACCACAUCAAGCACCUGAUGUCGAAAGAACGACUACCUUUCUCCCUCGUUUACUUUUCAAGCUUAGGACUUACACUAUACUUCUCUCUGGGGCCCAGGUCAUGGCUAGGAUGCGUUCUCACUGGAGCAGUACAAGUUUUUGCCCUCAUUGCCUAUGUGCUGGCAUAUUUCCCAGGAGGCACACAGACGUUACGUAUGGGAGGAUCACUUGCACUCCGAGGAGCAGGAAGCCUGCUGCCUCGGUGA